AUGAGUGCCUCGUAUGCGUUACGAGGUCCUUCCAAGCUCCUCGGGAGUCUUGCCCGGACGCCCAAGUCAGCCAUUGCUCGACAAUGGGUUUGUCGACGAUGCGCAUCUACUGCGGCGCUGCAGACCUACGCCGCAAAUGUGAAGAACCAACCCACACAACGGUCUCUCGACCGACGGUGGCAGCAACGACGAGGUGCUGCCGGCGCUGCAGCCGCCAUGCUUGAAGAGGCUCAAGAGGACUCGGAUGCUCUUUCUCAGGAGACUAUCAUCCAGAAUCUUUCUCCGGAGGAAGCGUAUCGUCUAUCGAAAGUCAGAAAUAUUGGUAUUGCGGCGCAUAUCGACUCCGGCAAAACGACCGCGACCGAACGUGUUCUGUACUACACCGGGCGUAUCAAGGCGAUUCACGAAGUCCGUGGCAAAGAUGCCGUCGGUGCCAAGAUGGACUCUAUGGAUCUGGAAAGAGAAAAGGGAAUCACUAUCCAGUCUGCGGCCACUUUUUGCGACUGGGUCAAGAAGGAGAAUGGCAAAGAGGAGAAAUACCACAUCAACUUGAUCGACACGCCAGGACAUAUCGAUUUUACCAUUGAAGUGGAACGUGCUCUUCGAGUUCUCGACGGGGCUGUCAUGAUCUUGUGCGCCGUGUCUGGUGUCCAGAGUCAGACUAUAACCGUCGAUCGACAGAUGAGAAGGUACAACGUUCCCCGAAUUAGUUUCAUCAACAAAAUGGACCGGAUGGGAGCAAAUCCUUUCAAAGCCGUGGAUCAGAUCAACAAGAAGCUCAAGAUGCCUGCAGCCGCCGUGCAGGUGCCCAUUGGCGCCGAAGACGAGUUCCGCGGAGUAGUCGACCUGGUCACCAUGAAGACAUUAUAUGCUGAAGGCGACAAUGGCGAAAUCAUAGUUACCAAGGACGAGAUCCCAGCAGAGGUCCAAGAAAUUGCCAAGGAACGAAGGGCGAUGCUGAUUGAAACCCUCGCCGAUGUCGAUGAGGAAAUGGCCGAAAUCUUCUUGGACGAGAAGGAGCCCACCGUGGAGCAGUUGAAGGCCGCCAUUCGACGAGCCACCAUUUCGCUCAAGUUCACACCUGUCUUUAUCGGUUCUGCUCUCGCCAACAAAUUCGUUCAGCCUAUGCUGGACGGAGUCUGCGAUUAUCUACCCAACCCGUCAGAAGUGACCAAUACCGCCCUGGAUCGCCGUCAAGGAGAACAGGCCGUCAAGCUCAUCCCAUACAACUCGCUACCGUUUGUGGGAUUGGCAUUCAAGCUUGAGGAAUCGAACUUUGGCCAGCUCACUUACAUCCGCGUCUACCAGGGCAAACUGAAAAAGGGAAUGAACGUCUUCAAUGCACGAACCGACAAGAGAGUCAAAAUCCCCCGUAUCGUGCGGAUGCAUUCCAAUGAAAUGGAAGAAGUCUCGGAAAUCGGUGCCGGCGAGAUCUGCGCCGUGUUUGGUGUCGACUGUGCUUCCGGUGAUACCUUCACCGACGGCCAACUGGGUUACAGCAUGAGCAGCAUGUACGUUCCCGAGCCCGUCAUCUCGCUGAGCAUCAAGCCCAAGAACAACAAAGAUUUGCCCAAUUUUUCAAAGGCCAUUGCACGAUUUCAACGAGAGGAUCCGACAUUCAGAGUCCAUUUCGACACGGAGAGCGAACAGACGAUUAUUUCCGGUAUGGGCGAACUGCAUCUCGAGGUAUACGUGGAGCGCAUGCGGAGAGAAUACAAGGUCGACUGCGAGACCGGCCCGCCUCAAGUUGCCUACCGUGAAACCAUCACCAAGAAAGUCGACUUCAACCACUUGCUCAAGAAACAAACCGGUGGUGCGGGUGAUUAUGCCCGAGUCGCCGGAUGGAUGGAGCCCAAGGGGAACCUCGACGGCAACCACUUCGAAGAGCAAGUCGUGGGUGGCGCCAUUUCCGAAAAGUUCUUGUUUGCUUGUGAAAAGGGAUUCCAUCUCUCUUGCGAAAAGGGUCCCUUGAUCGGCCACAAAGUUUUGGGCACUUCGAUGGUCAUCAACGACGGUGCUACUCACAUGACUGAUUCCAGUGAAAUGGCGUUCAAGAACGCCACUCAACAGGCCUUCCGUCAAGCGUUCAUGCAGGCCGACCCGGUCGUGCUUGAACCGCUGAUGAAAACUGUGGUUACUGCACCCAACGAGUUCCAGGGUAACGUGGUGGGUCUGCUCCAGAAGCGGAACGCUGUUAUUAAUGAUACUGAAGUCGGUGUCGAUGACUUUACGGUUUGGGCCGACGCUAGUUUGCAAGGCAUGUUUGGCUUCAGCGGCAAUCUGCGUGCUGCUACCCAGGGCAAGGGCGAGUUCAGUAUGGAAUUCAGCCACUAUGAACGCGCACCCAUGCAGCUGCAGAAAGAGCUGGUCGCCGCUUAUGCUAAAGCCCAAGCUGAGAGGAACAAGAAGUAA